ACGCCGCCGCCUGCCGGCCCCUUUAAGAGUCGACCCCGGCGGGACUACGUUUCCCAGAAGGCUUUGCCGGCACGUUAUGUAACUUUCCCUGCGAAGCGGCCUCUGGGGCAGAAGGAGGUGGAGGCGGCGGCGGCCGUUGCAGCCGCGGCGGCGGGAGCGGCGGGAGCCGGAGGCGGCGGCGCCCGGGGCCCAUCGCGGGGCCCGAGCUGUGCGCCUCGGCCCGGAGCCCGACCGGGCGGGGGCGCAGACGGGCCUCUGCCUGCCUUUCCCAGGAGGCGGGAGUGAGGAAAAAGGCUCAGGGCCCAGGGGGCGGGGAAGGGGGGCCGGGUCUGGAUCGGCGGGGAGGCCGAGCCGGAGGCCCGACUGCGGCCCGCGCGGUCCCGGCGACACGAAACGAACGUCGGCGGCGCGGAUCGAACGUCGGCGGCGGGUGGAACGCGGGGGCCCGGCUUCGCGCGCGCGGGGGCCAUGGCGUCGGUGCAGGCGUCCCGCCGCCAGUGGUGCUACCUGUGCGACCUGCCCAAGAUGCCGUGGGCCAUGGUGUGGGACUUCAGCGAGGCCGUUUGCCGCGGCUGCGUGAACUUCGAGGGCGCAGAUCGCAUCGAGCUGCUCAUCGACGCCGCCCGCCAGCUCAAGCGCAGCCACGUGCUCCCCGAGGGUCGCUCGCCGGGCCCCCCGGCCCUUAAGCACCCGGCCACCAAGGACCUGGCUGCUGCCGCAGCGCAGGGGCCCCAGCUGCCGCCUCCGCAGGCCCAGCCCCAGCCGUCGGGGACAGGCGCCGGCGUCUCAGGCCAGGACCGCUAUGACAGGGCCACAUCGUCGGGCCGCCUGCCCCUGCCCUCUCCCGCUCUGGAGUACACUCUGGGGUCCCGCCUGGCCAAUGGGCUGGGCCGCGAGGAGGUGGCCGAGGGGGCGCGAAGGGCCCUGCUUGGCUCCAUGCCCGGCUUGGUGCCCCCCGGGCUGCUGGCAGCUGCAGUGUCUGGCCUGGGAAGCCGAGGCCUGACGCUGGCACCCGGCUUGAGUCCUGCGCGUCCAGCCUUCGGCUCCGAUUUCGAGAAGGAGAAGCAGCAGAGGAAUGCGGACUGUUUGGCAGAACUGAACGAGGCCAUGCGGGGCCGGGCAGAGGAGUGGCAUGGGCGCCCCAAAGCUGUCCGGGAACAGCUGCUGGCGCUGUCCGCCUGCGCCCCCUUUAAUGUACGCUUCAAGAAGGAUCACGGGCUGGUGGGGCGGGUGUUCGCCUUCGAUGCUACUGCCCGCCCGCCAGGCUACGAGUUCGAGCUGAAGCUCUUCACCGAAUAUCCCUGUGGUUCUGGCAACGUGUAUGCAGGAGUCCUGGCCGUGGCUCGCCAGAUGUUUCAUGAUGCUCUGCGGGAGCCGGGCAAGGCACUGGCCUCAUCAGGCUUCAAGUACCUCGAAUAUGAACGCCGGCACGGCUCAGGGGAAUGGCGCCAGCUGGGGGAGCUGCUCACCGACGGUGUCCGCAGCUUCCGCGAGCCAGCUCCCGCGGAGGCCCUCCCCCAGCAGUACCCAGAGCCGGCCCCUGCAGCUCUCUGUGGCCCACCCCCAAGAGCCCCAUCCCGGAACCUGGCACCCACACCACGGCGUCGCAAAGCAUCCCCUGAGCCUGAGGGCGAGGCGGCUGGGAAGAUGACCACCGAGGAGCAGCAGCAGCGGCACUGGGUGGCACCCGGUGGCCCGUACUCCGCUGAUACCCCGGGUGUGCCCUCACCCAUCGCUGCCCUGAAGAAUGUGGCGGAGGCCCUGGGCCACUCCCCCAAGGACCCUGGCGGGGGUGGGGGCCCUGUGCGUGCAGGGGGCGCCAGCCCCGCAGCCUCCUCCACAGCUCAGCCUCCAGUCCAGCAUCGUCUAGUGGCCCGCAACGGUGAGGCAGAAGUCAGCCCCACAGCGGGGGCGGAAGCUGUUAGCGGGGGUGGUGGCGGCACGGGGGCGACCCCUGGGGUCCCCCUGUGCUGUACCCUAUGCCGGGAGCGCCUGGAAGACACCCACUUCGUCCAGUGCCCCUCAGUGCCCGGACACAAGUUUUGCUUCCCCUGCUCACGGGAGUUCAUCAAGGCGCAGGGCCCCGCUGGGGAGGUAUACUGCCCCAGUGGAGACAAGUGCCCGCUGGUGGGCUCCUCCGUCCCCUGGGCCUUCAUGCAGGGUGAGAUUGCCACCAUCCUUGCUGGAGACAUCAAGGUUAAGAAAGAACGGGACCCCUAGGCCACCACUGUCAUCAGUCUACUGCCCCCGCCCCCUUGCCCCCCACCGCUGCUGCGGAUAAAUUAUUCCCUCCCCCGCCCAGCCCAGUGCCGCUCCCACCUGUGUACAUAACCCCUUCCUCAUCCCGGUUGGGUUCCCUGGGGUAGAUGCAUUGAGGGUGGGGGGAGAAAGCUUGUGGCUUUUGUACGAGGGAGUGUUGGGGGUCCCUUGGCCCCUCCAGUUUCCCUCUCCCCUCCUUGGCUUUGCUUUGCUGCUGCUUGUAGUUGGGGGAGAGGUACCCCCCUCCUCCUUGAGAAGGGGCCUCCUGAAAUCUCGCUCUUUAUAAACGAAGCAAAAGCAUUUUAUUGCCCCCCUCUCCCGCCCCCCUUUCCUCCUUCAAUAAACCGAAAGAUGGGUUUUUUUU